GUCGUAGUACCCCGUGCUACUUGCCUCACUGCCCACCUCACCACAACCUCGUACGGAGUACAUGACUUUAUUAUGGUCAUGCCGUCAUGAGCCAGCAGUCUCGCCGCACUAUUGAACAAUAAAAAAGCUGGCACAAAAACUCGAGUCGCCGUGGGUUGCCAGUCAGUCCUGACUAAACUCCCGUUCUCGUCAAUGCGCCUUCGCACCUGCAUUGCUUGCCUCGCUCCCUCUCCCCCUCUCGCCCUCUGUCCUUUCCUCCCCGGCCGCUGUUGCGGGCCCCAGAUGUGAUCCACGGAAAACGGAAACCACUUUCCCUCAUUAACCACUUCGAGCCCCCCUUUCCCUUCGGACGACGGCGCAAACGGCACGGGUCACGGCAACCACUGCGCUCGCUCGCACUCGCUCGGUCGCCGCUUGUGAAGUAGCGACUUCAUGCAUCCUUGACCGCGCGCCUGCCCCCCUCGUUCCUCGUCCGCUUUGCCCAGCUGCCUCUCUGCCCUGGCUCUGGCUCUGGCCCUUGCUCUUAUCCGUGGUCAGCUUCUUCUACUACUGCUGUUUUCCUCGGACAUCCAUUCCGGACCUGGUUCCGACUGUAAUGUGUAAUUCGACCACAACCACACUCCAAGGCAAUGGGGAGGUUCGUUCAGCCUGACCAUCAACCGAACGACAUACCCAAUAAUACCGGGGUUCAGCAUUCUGAAGAUCAACGGACCGCCACACCCAAUAAUACCCCUAAGACUGGUAUCGAGAUGGAGACUAUCCCACCCUCAGCAGUAUGCACGUUUGUCGGCGAGGGCGCGGCAAACGUCGUCUUUGAGCUCUCGGGCGUGGAAGACCACCCAGGCCUGCACGGUCAGCUGCUUCGGCUCCCAAAAGACGAGUCAAACGGCCCGACAUAUGCCGAGCUGCAGGCGUACUGGCAGGACAGAGUUUCGCCUCUGUUCAAGCCGCACGAGCUUGUUCAGCAGAGGCUUGUCAAGCUACCCCAAGAACCUGCGUUCUUCGAUAGGCUCAACCUGCAGCUACAUGAGAUCGAAGAGAAGAACAAGCGCCGCCGUGACUUUGCCGGCCAAAGGUUCGUGGCCGAGGCCAUGAACACCGGCAUGCUCGUCGAGGACAUGCGGCCCAGGAAGGCGGGCGCACCACGGCCGGCAUCGCGGCCGUCAUCAUCCGGGGCCGCCAAGGCCAAAGCCAAAGGCAAGGCCAAGGCAGAGGAAGAGCCCGACGACAGCAGCAGCGAGGACGAGGAAGACUUGUUCACGCUGCACGAGAUCAAGCCCAAGUGGCUGCACCAGUCGCCCAGGGCGCCCGACGGGGCCGAGCAGUGCCGCAAUUGCGCGCGCGAGGUGCAGCGCAACAUCAAGAACGGCUCGCGCAACCCGGUCUUCUGCCCGCUGAACCUGGUCAAGGCCACCGAUUUCCCCCGGAACCAGAACGUCGCGGUGGACAUCCGGAACGGCCUGCGCCUGACGUCCUCGGAGGCCGACAACCUGAAGAAGUGGCUGCACGACUCGGACCUGCUGCGCCGGCUGCGCACCAAGCAGUGGGACCUCGACCACUGCCCCAAAAAGGUGGUGCCCCCCGCAUUGGAAUCCGGGGGUUCCUCCUCGGGGGGAGCGUCCGCGGCCACGUCGGCGACCACCGUGGCGCAGUCAUCCGGCGCCGAGGAAGACGCGGAGGAGGACAACGUCGCACGGUAUUGUCUCGCCAUGACGCUGCGCGACUGCAGCCUGUUCCUUCGGAUCCCGAGGCUGCCCGUCGCGGAGGGGGGCGAGGUCGUCGCCAAGCUGGCGGACCUGGACAAGAAGAACUACGGCACCAAGCACGAGUACUGGGAGGGCAUGGAGGACGACCUGCACGAGCAGAACCUGUAUUCGAGAAAGGGGGCCAACGGCCUGUCGGGCAAACUCACCAACUGCCAGCUCCCGUUCUACAAGGCCAACUUCAAGAACCUGGACGACCAGGUGCGGGCGUACUACCGUCUCCCGUUGAGGCAGCCACCGGGAGGAGCUCAGUCGUCGAACUGAGAGGAGGGCAGUUUGUCUGGGGCGGGUUAUUUACCACUGUUGAAAAGAGGCAGAAGGAGGGAUCGUUGAUUAAUAGACAUGUUGUGGCCCUCGGGCUAUGUAUAACUACUGCUGCCAGGUCUGGGGCCGUCGACACUCGAGUCGCCGCCGAGGGCACAUGCUGGCGAGGCGUUCACAAACACAGAUGCGCUGCAUUUCUCUUUUCUUCUCUCACUUUGGCUUGUCAGAGAUUAUGCAGCAUUGCCUCACGGCUUGUACAAGGACGCUGGAAAAGGACGGGUCCGUCUGGUUAAUUGAUAGAUCGCAUUGGCAUUUGUGUUUUUUUUCACCACCCCCCAUCACGGCUUGUGUUGUUCCGGCCUUC